CAGACGACAUAAUAGAUCGCCCACCCCCUGGCAGAUAACUUGUCCGACAGUUCCUCGAAACAAAAUCGUGCACAUCACUCCCAAGCACGAGUUGCGGAUCGAGAUCCCGCUUUCGCUCUACCUGGUGCAUAUCCUUUGAGCAUAUUGAGGAUUUCCGUGAUAAUGCCGUUGGGAAAUCUGGAUUUUACAAGUGUUUCGUUUUUUGGAUCGAGCGUCUAGAUUUCCAUCAGAACUCAUUCCAGGCAAAAAUUACCCUCGUAGCCAGUUUAACUUGGUGUUACGGCAUUGCAUUACUGGUUUGUUUCCAGACAUGAACUUCCUGUACAACGUGGAGAACGCGUUGCACUACCCAAGCAACAGAGCUCGCGAAACGUGCGGGAAUCGAGGGCGACAACUCGCAAAGCAGUUGGUACAAGACCAAGAUGCGCAUCGUCGACGCGUAGUACAUGAUCAGAUGCGUGAAUGGCGACGCAGACAGCGUAUUGAGAAAGAAAGCGCCUUCGUAGUUCUCACCGAGCUGCCAUGAGAACUCUGUUGCGUCGCCUAACAAAUGCAAAUGCUUCUAUUGAGAAGAUUGAUAACCAGGUACAACACUCAAGCUCCAAGAGCCCAGCGUCUCCGCCGUCGUCAUGAAGUGGAAGAGCAGGAAUUUAGAAAGACUAUCUGGAAGAAUAAGUUCCUCGAGCAGAUCCCGAGAGAAUUUACACGACCGAGGUUCGAGCUGCAUUGGUGACGGCGGAGGUUUCGCUUCAAAGCUUGCAACUACAAAAUGGCAGACGCUUAGCGGAGGACAUAUUGGGAUAGCUGUAUGAUAAUAUUCUUAAAAUUCCUUUUUAAAAAGUGCGAAGCC